AUGCCGGGGCACCGCUCGAAGUCGGAGAAGCUCGACGACGGCGAGAAGCAGCUCCGGCGGGACCCCUACGAGGUCCUCGGCGUCUCGCGCAACUCCACGGAUCAGGAAAUCAAAACUGCGUACCGCAAAAUGGCGCUCAAAUAUCAUCCGGACAAGAAUGCAAAUGAUCCUAAAGCAGCUGAUAUGUUUAAAGAGGUUACCUUUUCUUAUAAUAUUCUCUCAGAUCCUGACAAACGGCGUCAAUACGACUCAGCUGGCUUUGAGGCUGUUGAAUCAGACAACCAAGAGUUGGAGUUAGAUCUUUCAAGUUUGGGUGCUGUCAAUACAAUGUUUGCAGCACUUUUUAGUAAACUUGGCGUGCCAAUUAAGACAACUGUAUCUGCAUCUAUUUUGGAAGAGGCACUCAAUGGUUUAGUGACCAUUCGUCCACUUCCAUUAGGACAUUAUAUGUCGAAAAGGGUUGAGAAGCAAUGUGCACACUUCUAUUCAGUUACAAUAACAGAAGAGGAGGCACGAGCUGGAUUUGUUUGCCGAGUACAAUCGUCAGAUAAAAGCAAGUUUAAGUUAUUGUAUUUCGAUCAGGAAGACAAUGGUGGUUUAAGUCUUGCACUUCAGGAAGACAGUGCAAAAACCGGGAAGGUUACCUCUGCUGGGAUGUAUUUUCUUGGAUUUCCUGUUUAUCGAUUGGACCAAACAAUGAACUCUAUAGCUGCUGCUAAGGAUCCUGACACAUCAUUUUUCAGAAAGCUGGAUGGGUUUCAGCCUUGUGAAUUAAAUGAAUUGAAGGCUGGUACCCAUGUAUUCGCUGUUUAUGGCGACAACUUUUUCAAAAGUGCAAAUUAUACAAUAGAAGCGCUGUGUGCUGCACCUUUUAGUGAAGAAAAAGAAAAUUUAAGAAGUAUAGAAGCUCAAAUUUUGUCUAAAAGGGCCGAAAUAUCAAAGUUUGAGGCAGAAUAUCGAGAGGUUCUGGCUCAAUUCUCAGAGAUGACAAGCAGAUAUGCACAUGAAAUUCAAUCAAUUGACGAGUUACUGAAGCAUAGGAAUGAAAUACAUGCAUCGUACACUAUUACUCCCUUAAAACGGAGUACAAGUAAGAGCAGAAGUAAAAGUUCUUCCAAGGAGAGCAGAGAAGAUGGCCAAACAAGAGAGAAGAGGAGUACAAGAGAUCGGCCAAAGAAGAAGAAAUGGUAUAACCUCCACUUAAGAGUUGAUAAGAGGAAGGCUUGCUAA